UUGAGGAAGGGGUGUGACUUGAAGAGAACCGCCGAAGAGAUACCCUGCCUAUAGAGCAAAGAGACCUGGACGGAGCGCUGUCUACUUUAAACCGGAGCUGGAAGAUGAUUGAAAUUAAGAAUACAAUUGCAUGGAUCAACUCUUUAGCAAGGCGUUGCAUAUUUUUCCCCCUCUCUUCAAACUGGAAUAGUUGUUGAAUAUCACCGACAUCCUUAGACUUCCAAAAGAUUCCCUGCUGAAGUGCGCCCUCUAGCGGCCGCUCCGGGAAUAUGAUCAACAAUGAACUUUACCGACACUACAACUUCACCGGGAAACUCGACCACAGGCCCGCCAGCGGCGAGGGGACCAGCGGUGGCUCCGUGGACACCAAGACCUUGGUGUUCCUGGUCAUCUGCAGCUUCAUCGUGCUGGAGAACCUCGUGGUGCUCGUCGCCAUAGGGAGCAACAAGAGGUUCCACAAUCGGAUGUACUACUUCAUCGGUAACCUGGCGCUGUGCGACAUGCUCUCCGGGGUGGCGUAUCUCGUCAACCUGCUGCUCUCGGGGGACAAAACCCUGCAGCUGUCCCCGGCCCUCUGGUUCGUCCGGGAGGGGAGCAUGUUUGUGGCGCUCGGCGCUUCGAUCUUCAGCCUCCUGGCCAUCGCCAUCGAACGACACCUGACCAUGGUCAAGAUGAGACCUUACGACCGCAAGAAGAACUACAGGGUGUUCCUCCUCAUCGGCACCUGUUGGAUUAUUGCCCUGUCCCUGGGUGCGCUGCCAAUCAUGGGUUGGAACUGUCUGGGCGACCUGCCCGACUGCUCCACCGUGCUGCCGCUCUACUCCAAAAGGUACGUGGCGUUCUGCAUCAUCAUCUACAUGGUGCUGCUGCUGGCCAUCUCCGUGCUCUACGCCCGCAUCUACACGCUGGUCAAGUCCAGCAGCCAGAAGGUGAGCAAGCAGCGGCAAUCGGAGCACGCCUUGUCCCUGUUGCGCACCGUGGUCAUCGUGGUGGGCGUGUUCAUCGCCUGCUGGACGCCCAUCUUCGUGCUGCUCCUGGUGGACGUGGCGUGCAAGCAGCGCCGCCGGUGCCCCGUCCUGUACAAGGCCGACUGGUUCAUCGCGCUGGCCGUGCUCAACUCGGCCGUGAACCCCGUGAUCUACACUCUGGCCAGCCGAGAGAUGCGCCGGGGCUUCCUGGGGCUGGUGUGCGGACCCUUCUGCAAGAUCCAGACCUCGGUGAACGGUAGCGGUGCCAGGCCGUCGCUGGAGCAGAGCCGCAGCAAGAGCAAGUCCUGGGGGAGCGGGAUCAACCAGAACCAGAACCAGAACCAGAUUCAGAACCAGAGCCAGAACCAGCCGCAUGGUUCCUCCAGGAAGGAGGGGGAGAGGGGGAAUGAGGCGGGGUCGGGACCCGCUGCUCAGGACACGCUGGUGGGCCAAGCGUGUCCUGAUUAGGGUCAUGGGUAGGGGGGUUCCAGCAGUCUGAAGGAAGACGUGAGGGGUGUGAAAUGAGGGAAGCACGCAAUCUAGGAAGGGACAGAGGUAGGGGGGGGGGGGGGG